GCGCCUGGCCGCCGGCCCCAGAGGGCGCCGCCGUGGCGGCCGCGCCGCCGGGCGCGGCGGCCGCCAGCGGCUUCGACUGCAACGCGGGGGGCCCGUGGAGCGCCAACCAGAAGGUGCGGGGCGGACGAUCCAGGGCCUGGGCUGCGCCUCCACGUUCGACUGCAAGACGGACCUGUCCCACGCCGCCUCGUGGCCCGACGAGCAGAAGAUGUAUUGCUGCGAGAACGAGGGCCGCGCCUGCGACGUGGGCGGGGCGGAGCUCCUGGCCCAGCAGGCCGUGGCCCUGGCUGGGGGCGCGCCUCCGCCGGGCGCGCGCGCGAGCAGCGACGCCAUCACGCCGGGCGGCGGGUCCCCGGCGGAGCACCCCGCGCCGCCCCCCGAGCGGCCGGAGCCGGAGGCGCAGCCCGCGGUCGGGGCCGGCGGAGGCGGCGGGGAGGAGGCGACCCCGAGCCUGCCCCCGGGCUACUGCGAGGAGGGCUUCGACGACUGGCAGGCGAACUGGAGCGCCGCCAAGAAGGACUUCUGCUGCAAGAACGAGGACGACAGGGGCUGCCCGCCGGGCGGCGGCGGCGGCGAGAACGCCACCUCGGCGGGGCCCUCGACGGCCACGACCACCCACGAGCCCGAGGGACCCGGCACGACGGCGGAGCCGAGCUCCAACGAGAGCACCAGCGGAGCCCCCGAGCCGAACGCCACGGCGGGCGAGCCCACGGCGGGCGAGGGCCCCGCGGCGGGCGAGCCCACGGCCGGCGAGGCCAUCUGCGCCACGAACUGCACGCUGGACGGCAUGGCCUUCCCGUUCAGGACCGCGUGCUGUGGGCCGCGGACCACGCGUUCGAGGGGGACGCCGACGCCUGCGACUCGGCGCACAGGCUCGUGGUCGCCCAGUGCCCCAUGUGCGCCGGCUGCACCCCCCUGCAGUCGGGCUGCCUGGGCGACGGAGAGGGCGUCGACGCGGCGCCGGCCGACGACGAGGCCGAGCCGCCGCCGCCGAUGGCGUCCGACGGCUCGAGCGUCGAGGACGUCGCUCCCGAGUGCAGCGUCAACUGCACCUUCAAGGGCGCGUCCUCGAGCUGCGGGGAUCGCCUGCACUGGGUGGCCAGGUUCCUGUUCACAGGCGACCCGAGCUCGUGCCAGGCGGCAUACGGCGUGUUGCUGAAGGAAUGCCAGGACUGCAGCGGUUGCUCGGCAGAGCUUGCGGGCUGCACCGACAACGCCUCGGCGGCCACAGGCGGCGGGGCUCAUGGCAACAGAUCCAAGGGCGGCAAGGCCCAGCACGAGAAAGCGUCCGACGACAGCUCCAAGGGCGGAGGGGCCAAGGGCGACGAGGCCAGGGCGGUCAACGACAGUUCCAAGGGUGGAGGGGCCAAGGGCGGCGAGGCUCCGCACGACAAGGCGUCCGCCGAGAAGGUCAAGAGCGGAGCGGCCAAGGGCGGCGAGGCCAAUGCGUCCACUGACAGGUCCAAGGGCGGGGCAGCCAAGGGCGGCGAGGCCCAGGACGGCAAGCCGUCCAGCGACACGUCCAAGGGCGGAGGGGCCAAGGGUGGCGAUGCCAAGGUGGCCAACGGCAGCUCCAAGGGCGGAGGGGCCAAGGGCGGCGAUGUCAAGGCCGACAAGGCGUCCAACGACAGCUCCAAGGGCGGAGGGGCCAAGGGCGGCAAAGCCCAGAGCGACGAGGCAGCCGUGCAGCCUGGCCUGGUGGGCUUCGACUGCAACGAGGGACUCAAGAAGUGGGAAAGAGGCUGGUCCGACGACAAGAAGAAAUGGUGCUGCUCACAUCACAACAAGGGGUGUGUCACCACUGUCACUACGACAACCCUCACGACAUCCACCACGGACGACGGCUUCGACUGCAGCUCGGGAUACUACAACUGGAAGCGUGGCUGGUCGGACGAGAAAAAGACAUGGUGCUGCGAGCAGGAGAAGCGAGCCUGCCCAGACGGGGACGGCGCGAAGAGAGGUGCGGGGCAUGCGCACCGUGACGGCCACCAACGACCCCACCAGUCCACCGCCUCCACCAGCUCCGCCGCCCAUAGUCGAAGCUCUACCAGCUCCACCGCGACGUCCACCACCUCCCAGGCGCCGUACAACUGCGACGAGGACUACGUCCACAGGCGGACACGCUGGGCGCCCGACAAGAAGCGCUGGUGCUGCGACUUCGAGGCGGUGGGCUGCUCCAGCGAGGACACCACGACCGAACUGGACCCUGAGCCCAGCAGCUCCGGCGCCGACGCCGACGCGGCCAACGCCUCAGGCUCCGACGGCGCCCGCGCCAACGGCUCCAGCGUCUCCGGCGGCUCUGGCGCCGCGGAGGAGGACGCGGAGACCACGACGACCGAGGGCGGGCGGGAUGAGUCCUCUGCGGCUGCCACGACCGAGGUCGACGAGCCCUCCACCCCCUCCGCCACACGACCACGUCCAGCGCGACCACCACCGCCACGACCGCGUCUACGACCGUGCGGCCCGCGCCGUGGGACUGCGAGGACAGCGCGGCGGACCCCGCGAGGCACUGGGCGGUGAGCAGGAAGGCCUGGUGCUGCUCGCACGCGCGGAGCGGGUGCCCGGACGUGCAGGAGCCCUGCCGUCAAGCAUAAAACGACGCGAAGCUCGGGACAAAAUCGGAUCGGGAUAACUCGAAAUCUCUG